UGCUGCCACAGUGGAUCCAGAGGAGGAACCAGGAAUGUUCGGAGGGAGUUUCACUAGCGAGCUGUGACUGAGCCACGACGCUGUAAAAAUAUGAUUUUAAUCCAAAAUAUGACGUAUUAUAUGUAAUAAUAUGUGUUUUGUUUAAAUUAAGUAAGGGUUUGUUUUUUUGUAUUCCGUUUGUAGCUAGUGACUGGCAACAUAAAAGUUAGCUGGUUGGUAAUUUUGGCUAGCUCGGAAAUAAUCAAUAGUAUGGCUUUGAUAGCCGCGGAGCAUGGCUGCAAAAUGAACGGAACAUCGGUGAUUUAUGGCCGAGUAGGGCCAAGAAAAGACGGCUUCCACGGGAAGGCGGACGCCUUCAAGAAUGGACAACCAAAAGAGGGGGAGUAUUCAACAGAUGGGCUCCCCAAAGCGUUCCUGCACAGCCUGAGGACCCUGUUUGACAUCCUGGAUGACGCCGGCAAAGGGUACGUCCACAUAUCCGAGAUAGAGAGCCGCUGGCAGGGCGCGGACACCCGGGAGCUGCCCGGCGGUGUGUUGAUCUGCCUGCGCCGGGUCACCCCUCCGCACGGCUGCCUGACAUUCGAACGCUUUGUCGCGGGGCUCCGCUACUCCAUGCUCAACCCGGAGAACCACCUGAAAGCCCAGGCGGCCGUGCACCCUCAGCAAACCCAGAAGCCUGCACCGUUGUCCGCAUGCAGCGUCGCGGCCAGGGUGGAGAACAAGGUCCGUCCGCUGGGGCCGAGCAAUGUGACCAACAUCCAGCCUCACCGUUCGUCGAUGAGCCGGGCCAGGCCGGAGGAAGGAGGUGGCUAUCCGGCGUGUGGACCGGCGAGGUACGGUGCCGGGUACGAGAGGCCCGGGCGGAGCUUAGAGCGCAUUCCUGCCGCUCUGGAGGGCGGCGGUGUCGGUGGAGGAUGUUACCGGGUGGAGCCAGGUCAUGUCUCCAAGGCAUCACAGCCCCAGCAGAGCCGGGUCAGGUCCAUUGAGUCUCUGGCCCUGGAAUCACCUCAACUCCAGGGAACAAUUUUCCUCAUGCUUGAGGAAAUGCAGAAGCAGCAUGAGGAAACACAGUCAAGGUGUCUACAGAAAUGUUCAUAG